AUGGAGGAAAAGGAGAGCACCUUCUCUGGGUCACCAGGCAACUCGGGGACCGAGUCACCGCCAGUGACUCAGAUGGUGAAUAUGCCCAUGGCCAUAAACAUGAGCUCAGAGAUCAUCAACAACAAUAGCAACAACCCUGUUUCAACAACAACAACAACAACAGAAAUUGCAGAAAUUGCAGCAGCAGCAGCUACUGUUGGAAGUGGUGAUUUGUCUGGGAAGAAGAAGAGAGGGAGGCCUAGGAAAUAUGAUGCAGAUGGGAACUUGAGAUUGGGGUAUAACAGUAAUAUCAACAAGGGUGGUGGUGUGGCCCCACCACCACCACCUGGGUUUUAUCUUUCAUCCCCUGCUUCUGAGUUUUCUUCUUCUUCGUCUUCCAAAAGAGGAAGGGGGAGGCCUCCUGGAUCCGGCAACUGGCAGGUUCUUGCUUCUUUAG